AUGUCUAGCACCCGUAUCGCCGUUACCGCGCCCGUUGCAUUCGACGUUCUCGAGACUGCCCGUACACUGGAGGCCCAGCUACGCGAAAUCGAGAGUCUCUGCCAAGAAGCCAAGUCUGCUCGCGACAAGAACAAGGCGAGAAAGAAGGCCCUGGAGAAACAGUUGUCGUCCCUCAAUGCCCAGCUUCAGUUGGAGACGGCACAAACAGAAAGGUCCUGUGGCAGACUCGCAUCAAGGUCGCUACCAACCCUUCCUGACCUCAGUCCACGCCCGCUCGAUGCCCACUUUCACGUCUUUAUUGACGGUCUCAACCGUAACAAUGACACGUACACGUUCGCCAGCAAUGCAUGGACUGGCUAUGCAGUAUCCGAACCUACAGCCCUGGCAGCGUCAGCGUUCAUCUCUCAUCCAGAGUCAUUCAGCGACACGUACGUCUUUGCCGAUGGCACCAGACGGCAGACCGCGUUGCUAGCCUUCGACAGCCAGUCAGACUUCCAGUACACCCCCUCGCCACCUAUUCAGGACCUCACAUAUCAGCCAAUUGGAGUAUAUGCGCCCUACGACAGUCUGGCCUCCCUGCAAAGCCAGUUGUCUGCGUUCCCUAACACGAAUGCCGCGCUUUCUCCACCUGUCCAGCUGAGCCAACAGACAACUGAGACCCCGUUCUCGUUUGAAUCCGUCUAUGGCUCCUACUACGACCUGUAUGCGGCUAACGCAUCAGCGGUCUCGAUUGAGGGUCCUGAACGAAAUGUACUGGGAGAGCUGCAUCUUGUCAAUGGGGAUGACGAUGAAGCAGAUACAAAGCGUGUACAUUGGAAUACUGAGGUCACUGAGUAUACCAUCGAGCCACGCAAGAAGGUGAAGAUGUCGAAGGUGGGUAGCUGGGCGCGAGGACUUUUGUCCUGAUAGUUGCUUGCCGAAACGGGAGUUUGUCAUCAAUUUGUGAUUAUCUGUAGAUUUCUUUUAUCUUUGGAGUUUUCUUGUCCCAUUUCAGAAUAUAACCAUCUC